AUGUUCGUGGUAGACAGUACCAGGCCUUUUGAUUCGACGCUGCCGCACCCGGACGAAGCUACAACUGAGCGCGAACAAGGAGCAGGAAGUGAUGAUAAGGAUGCUUAG